AUGUCUAACACGCCUCGUGGUAAAAUCCCAAACGCCAAUAUGAUAGGGACGUUGACGGCUGACAAGGGAGUUUUAAAGAAUAAAAAGAUGGAAGGAGAAAAACGAAGAAGCUGUUACGAUAUCGCAAGUCUUAUAGGAGGAACACAUUCCAGUCAGAGACAACAGACAGAUAUUCAUAAGACACGUGACAAUACAGAACCAGUAGCUCUUGGACUACUGAUCAAGCCCCCUGCAUAUGGUCUUGGAAAUCAACAAACAAUGGAGCGUACAACAGGAAAUGACGUCAGGGAUGACCGCGCACACGUAUCGUUGCCUAACGACACUUGGAAACGAGAAAGUGAUGCGUCGUCAUGGAAACUUGACGAUUCGAUAGUAUCUCCAAGUCUCAGUCACACAAGUAGUGACACGAGUGGCGAAUGUCAAUGGUCGGGGCGUGGCGAGCGCGAGCCCGAGGCGUGCACGAGCGAGGGAGAGAGUGAUAUUGACCGAGACAAUAACGGAGUGGAGUAUAGUAAGCGCAAACAGCGCAGAUACAGAACGACGUUCACUAGCUAUCAACUAGAAGAGUUGGAGAGAGCUUUCCAGAAGACCCACUACCCCGACGUUUUCACACGGGAAGAGUUAGCCAUGCGGAUUGAUUUGACAGAAGCGAGAGUUCAGGUUUGGUUCCAAAACAGACGCGCAAAAUGGCGUAAGAAGGAGAAAGUAGGACCGGCAGCUCACCCUUACAAUCCUUACUCGUCCACAUUAAGUCUCGCGGCCAGGAAUAUCAUGCAUCAACAGGCGCUGUACAACGACAUGCUCGUUAAAUCAUACACAGGGCAAAUUCAAGGACUGAACAAUCCAAGGUUAGAUUUGAUGUCCCAACUGCCGUUAAUGUCGCCAUCUUUGCCAGGACUUGCCUCGCUUGGAGUCGGUGGAUUACCGCCAAGUGGACUUCCGGGAUUACGCCCGGGAUUUUCCCCCGUGGUUCCCCCACCUGGAUCGUUCCAGCACCUCCUUGCGAGUAUGACUCAAUCAGCCGCUAAGUCUCGGUUGCCGUUAACGCUCGAGACCUCAGAACAGAAAGACCCAGCGUCGCCAGAGACGUCGUCAUCGUCACUGUCCCCAAAAUCAGGGGAUCCCGAUAGACGAUCUACGAGUAUUGCGUCACUGCGUAUGAAAGCAAGAGAACAUGAAAUACGAUUGGAAAUGACGAGAAAGUGUAACGGAAUCGUCUAUUGAUAACAUUAACACUAGAGGACAUAGGGGCAUUCUCGGCCAUGGGGCAUUCUCGAUCAUGGGGCAUUCUCGGCCACGGGGCAUUCCUGGACAAACCCUUGGUAUCAGGUGAAAAUCUGGGGCAUUGU